UAAUUCUGGUAUUUUAUAACACCGUAAGUACAAUAGUAUGAUUUGCGCCCACCACUCGCUCUAUCUACUAGAUCCCGAUCUGGAAAUUUCUCUACUCUCGUGUUCUCUCUACUCAUAAAGUUUCAAUCUUUGGAGAAAUCUGAGCCAACCAGUUGUAAUACUUGAAAUUGAGACAAAUACCCGAAUUUUUGCAAGAGCAUCUAAAGGUUGCCAUCGUCAUUUUCAUCUUCGUCGUUACAAUCGGUGUAGCGAGAAUGUGGAAACUGAAGAUCGCCGAGGGAGGUAGUCCAUGGCUGAGAACCACCAAUAAUCACGUCGGAAGGCAGUUUUGGGAGUUCGAUCCGAAGCUUGGGACCCCUGAGGAGCUCGCCGACGUCGAGGAAGCUAGACAAUCCUUUACGGAGAACCGAUUCGUGAAGAAACACAGCUCCGAUCUGCUUAUGCGCCUUCAGUUUUCAAGAGAGAACUUGAACAGCUCAGUUUUACCUCAAGUCAAAGUAGAAGAUGGUGAUGAUCUUACAGACAAGAUGGUGGAAAGCACGUUAAAAAGAGGUGUAGAUUUCUAUUCGACGAUACAGGCGCAUGACGGGCACUGGCCAGGAGAUUAUGGUGGUCCUAUGUUUCUUCUACCAGGACUGAAUGAGGACGGAGGUUGGGGUCUACAUAUUGAGGGCCCCAGCACCAUGUUUGGGUCUGUCUUGAACUAUGUUACUUUAAGAUUGCUUGGAGAAGGACCAAAUGAUGGAGACGGAGCUAUGGAGAAAGGGCGAGACUGGAUACUAAAUCAUGGUGGCGCUACCAAUAUCACAUCUUGGGGAAAAAUGUGGCUAUCUGUACUUGGAGCUUUUGAAUGGUCUGGUAAUAACCCACUGCCACCUGAGAUAUGGCUUCUUCCGUAUUUCCUGCCAAUCCAUCCAGGAAGGAUGUGGUGUCAUUGUCGGAUGGUCUACUUGCCGAUGUCGUAUUUGUAUGGAAAAAGGUUUGUAGGUCCCAUAACGUCCACUGUUUUAUCACUGAGAAAGGAGCUUUUCACUGUACCAUAUCAUGAAGUCGACUGGAAUGAAGCACGUAACCUUUGUGCAAAGGAGGAUUUAUACUAUCCACACCCACUUGUGCAAGAUAUUCUUUGGGCAUCACUUCACAAGUUUGUUGAGCCUGUUCUAACGCGAUGGCCUGGUGCAAAUUUGAGAGAAAAGGCUCUAAGAACGACACUAGAACAUAUUCAUUACGAAGAUGAGAAUACAAGGUACAUCUGCAUAGGACCGGUGAAUAAGGUACUAAAUAUGCUUUGUUGUUGGGUAGAGGACCCAAACUCAGAGGCUUUCAAAUUGCACCUACCAAGAAUCCAUGACUAUCUGUGGAUAGCUGAAGAUGGAAUGAAGAUGCAGGGUUAUAACGGAAGCCAGCUAUGGGAUACGAGUUUUGCUGUUCAAGCUAUUCUGGCAACCAACCUUCUUGAAGAAUAUGGGCCCGUUUUGACAAAAGCACAUUCGUAUGUCAAGAAUUCACAGGUUUCAGAGGAUUGCCCUGGAGAUCUGAGUUACUGGUAUCGCCACAUAUCUAAAGGGGCUUGGCCUUUUUCAACUGCAGAUCACGGUUGGCCUAUCUCCGAUUGCACCGCUGAAGGACUUAAAAAUGCAGAUGGAGGCCUCGCAACAUAUGAGCUCACAAGGUCAUACCCUUGGUUGGAGCUAAUCAACCCAGCAGAAACCUUUGGUGACAUUGUUAUCGAUUAUCCUUAUGUGGAAUGUACGUCAGCUGCAAUCCAAGCUCUAAUAGCAUUUCGAAAGCUGUAUCCGGGUCAUCGGAAAAAGGAUGUGGAUGAGUGCAUUGAGAAGGCGGUUAAGUUCAUUGAAUCUAUUCAAGCAGCAGAUGGCUCAUGGUAUGGAUCAUGGGCUGUUUGCUUCACGUAUGGUACGUGGUUCGGAGUGAAAGGCCUUGUAGCCGUUGGAAAGACAUUGAAAAACUCUCCACAUGUUGCCAAAGCUUGUGAAUUUCUACUGUCGAAACAAUGUCCUUCGGGCGGAUGGGGAGAAAGCUAUCUUUCAUGUCAAGACAAGGUAUAUUCAAACCUCGAAGGCAACAGGUCUCAUGUGGUGAAUACAGCAUGGGCUUUGCUAACACUCAUUGGUGCUGGGCAAGCUGAGGUAGAUGAAAAGCCACUACACCGUGCUGCAAGAUACUUGAUUAAUGCUCAGAUGGAGAAUGGUGAUUUCCCCCAACAGGAAAUAAUGGGAGUCUUCAAUAGGAACUGCAUGAUAACUUACGCUGCGUAUCGAAACAUUUUUCCGAUAUGGGCUUUGGGGGAGUAUCGUAGUAAGGUUCUAUUGCAACAAGAAGAAUGAGUAGGGGAGGAACUUUGUAGGUUAAAACGCUUUACUUUAUCCAGAGUUGUCUUCUCCGUAUGGAUCUACUCUCAUUGUCGUCUAGUGAACCAAUGUUUGUGUAAUUUGACUUUUACUCAAAUCUUGGUUGCAGAUUUUGUUUUCUUCUCUGAAAUUAUAAACGUUCAUUUGCUUGCUUAGUUCGCGUGCAUUGGCAGCUUCUUUCCUUGGGUCUGAAGUUAGGGAUGGCAAAUCCACAUCCUUUUGGUUUGAUCGAACUCGUACGAAACAUCUCAUGUUUGCAUUAGUUCUCAGCCAUGUUUCAGCCACAUCUCUAUGUUUAGUUUGUAUAUAACGGGAAAAUUUACAAAACGAGAACAUUAAA